GUUUCGGCGUUGCUGUGGUGCCCCGGGGUCGUUGGGCUCCGGGCCCUGACUUUGUGCUGCUGAGGCUGAAGGUUUGAAGGCUCGUUGGCUUUAUGUCUUGCGUCAUCUCCCAAAACAAUAGAUAGGCGAGAUCUUCUCAGGUUCAGCAACCUCUUGAGCGCCGAAGCCUCCUCUGCUGUACCAUCUCUCGACCAACCUUGUCUCAGCUGUAGUUACUGGAAUCUUGGGGCUUAGAAGACGGACUGGGAGCUGCAAAACCGUGCUCAUGCUGCUUUUGUAUAAAGCCAGGAACGUUUCACCUCUUGGUUGGAAAGAUAAAUCAUUGGGAGAACCAAUACAGUAAUUAAGAAGAGAAGCUUAUCCUCUAGUUAGAUAAGCAGAAUCACUUUCCAAGAUGGCCUACGUUCCAAUUGCUCAAAUUUCCACAGCGGGAAAUGCUGUCAUGUGUGCCUUUUUCGGCAUCCAGUGCUUGAUCCACGUCUUCCUCGGUAUCGACUACAGAAGAUGGAGGUUUCUCAUCUUUAUGUUUAGCGGUACCGCGUUGUCCUGUGUGGGCUAUGCCGGCCGGGCAUGGUACUCGAGGGACGCCGCAACCAGCCCCUACAUCAUGCAGGCGGUCUGCGUUGCCAUUGGUCCCGGGCUCGUCACGGGUGCCGUCAAAGAUCUCUUUGUGCAUUUUGUCUCGUACAUGCGGAUGAAGAAGAUUGACCAAGAACCUAACUGGUACAUGGAUAGCGGCAUCGAGAAGUUCGGUUACUACGAAAAGCUGAACCGAUUCAUCACGCUUGCCUCGUCCGUGCUCAUCGGUGUCGGCAUCGGUGUCUUGUCCGGCUCCGAUCUCAACGACAGCAAAAUGAAACAGUCUAUCCAAGUGGCCUUGGCCGGGUUUGCUCUCCAGCUCGCCGUUCUCGGCAUCACCCUCAUCUUGUGGUCCUUCUUCAUCUACCACACCAUGGGCCAGCCUUACAUGCAUGGCCGCGUCAAGACGUACGUCUUCUCCCUCUUUGUCGUGCUUCUCCUCCUCAUAAUCAGAUUUUCCUACCGUGUGGCCGAGUGGGCCAAGAUCCUCAAACUCGGCUUGGCCAACAACUUGACCAUCAACGAAGACUACUUGGUGUGUCUUGACGGCCUAACCACCUUGCUUGCCGGCAUGAUCCUCAUCGUCGAACAUCCGGGCUUUGUCUUCGGCAAGGCCGAGCUAAAGCAGAUUGACGACGAGUUCCACGAGUACGAGAAGCAAAAUAAAGCAGCCGCCUCUCCGACCGUCCAGAACUUGCAAAUCUUACGUUACGUGCCGCUCUUCCAUCUCUUUUUUUAAACAGUGGGGAGGGAGGCAGAACCACGCCAGUAGCAGCUUUUCCCUACUGCUGGCCUGCUUAACCUUCCUCUUCUCUAGGUUGGCAAUAUAGCCCAUUAUUUAUAAUCCACCUUCUAUAAUCGGUUAUCCAUAACUACAACAUAUUACCAUCC